CGAACGUAACGAAAACAAUUACACGAAAGAAAUCCUCAAAAAGCACACGGGACACGAGACUACACCCGCCACAUUAAAAUAACAAAAUCCAAACAACGCAAACUUUUGAGUGCAAACCCAACAAAACCAGAGACCAGUAACUGAAACUUAAACUGAGACUGAGACUGAUACUGAGAAUGCGAUUGAGAGCGAGCGACUGCGACUGCGAGUGAGCCCGUGAAACGAAUCGCGACUCUGAGCCUCGCGAAUCCAGCGGGGAGGUGAAAUCGAGGCUUCGUGUCGAGUUCGUGUGUGCUUCGGGUGCGAUUCAUGGUCUCAGACAAAGCCUACAUUUUGGGGAAAAGCUUUCUGGCCCGAGCACAUAUGCGAGGACGACAGAGUUGAGCCCAAGUAGUCAGAGUAGUGGAGCCACACGGUCCAGACGGGGCGCUCCGCGAACGCAACAACCAACAACGCGCACUGUGGAAACGCAAAAAAAAAGAAUGAAAAAAUAAAGCAAGCAAUAAAGAAAAAGAGAUGUACAAAAUACAACAAGAAAUUAAAGAAUAGAUUAAACUACAAAAUUUAAUUUCUAUAAAACGUGAAGUGCAAAAAGCAAAAAAGCGUUUUGAAUGCCAGCAAUGCGAAAAUGCUGAAGAGCUCGAGGCGAAUUGCAGAUGCGAAUUGUAUGUAAAUGUAGAUACAUUGUGGCAGCCUCAAGCCAUGUGCAGAGUAGAACUGCGAAAAGCCAGCGAUAUACUUGAGUAGUAAAUUGUGCAAAAAAUCGAGGAAAAUACAGAAAAAAAAAUUUAACAGAUUAUUUUUUUUGGGUAACAGGAAAUAACCUUGAAAGCAUCUGCGAUUGGCAUUGCGAUUGCGAUUGCCUUUUGCGACAAGUUUUGGGGCAAGAGGCGAGUGGCAAGUGGCGAGUGGCAAGUGGCAAGUAGCAGAGGUGGCAGUGAAGAGUGCGUGUGCACUAAAAACAUAGCGCCGUACAACAUGGCGUAUGGGUAAUGAAUGUGUGUGGUAGCUCGACAUAUGCAGUUAAUGUGCGAGACGGCCGUGUGUUUCAAUAUUCGCACACAUACACACACACAUGCACACAGUGUGUGCGAGUGCGAGAGUGUGUGUGUGCCUACGUGCGUUCGUGUGCGUGCGUGCGUGAGUGCGUGUCUGUCUCGGGUUAGUGUACACACUGCGUAUGUGUGAUGGUGCCAAAUAAAUUAUUAAGCAAAUUAAUGCACAUAAAUACUUGAGUUUCCACUAUUUAUCGUAUCGUAUUUAUGUGGCAUUCAACAACAACAACAACACAACAGCAACAAUAACAACUUCGAUGACGCAUUCGAGAGUAGGGCAGAAGGUUAAAUUACAAUGGCAACGACAACAGCAACAACAGCAACAACGACAACGGCUACUGUCGAAAUUCGCCACGUACUGUAAUUCGGAUUCGGAUUCGGAGUCCGAAAACAUUAAAACCGAUACCAAUACCGAAUCGCAGCACGCAAGUUGGCGAUUUAUAGGCGUGCGACCAACUAUAAGCAGCUUCAACUCCAGCUCAGCUCACCUCCCGAGACACGAGACGACGAGGCGAAGCUUGGAGCAGCAGAAGCAGCAGCAACGCCACCCGCAAUAACAAAGAGGCCCAGCGACUCCGACUCGGAGUGAAUGUUGUUGCCCAUCGUGGUGAAUUGCGCAGACAACAGACAACAACUGAACGAAAGCCACGAUAACAAGCAACAGCAAUUAGUCAUCCCACAAAUAUAAAACCAAAGAUAUAAACUAACUUUAAUGCAACAAAUUUCGUUAUUUAAAACUUUGCAAAAGCAAAAGAAUUAACUAAAUUAACCAGAGAAAGAGAGAGAGAGAGAGCGCACGCGAGUGAGUGCGAGAGAGAGUGGGGGGAGAACGCGACAGCGGAAACUCACCACGAGUUGUGGCCUCUCUCUUCCAUGUCGCUGGCAACGUUCUGAAGAAAACUUUCACUCUCGGCACAACGUGGCGGCGGGCGGUGCGAAAGCAUCGAGCAGGAAGCGCAAAAAGUGACACACAAACACACUCACACACAUACACACACACACAGACACAGCGCGCAGACACACGCAUACAUAUACGUAAUACGUAUGUAUAUCGAGAAAUGAACAGCAGCAGCAAAAACGGGGAGAAAGCCCACUGAAAACUAAACUAAACAACACGAAUAUCCGCAGUCGAAGCAAGGAGCAGAGCAAAACUUUUGCAUGCAAGCAGCUGACUGCCUGCAGGAAGCGUGCCAGGACAACGGCAACGGCAACCACGAAGGAGGAGCAGGAGCAGGAGCAGAAGCAGAAGCAGCUUACAACAGCAGCGGACAGUCCGGUGCUGACUGCUUCCCUGUCACAGCCAUUGAAUAGGCCUCUUCAACACGAACACUGGGCACAGGAUACGGGCCGAGCACGCACGCAACGCAAUUUUAAUGUAUCCUUAGAAUUUCAAACAGCAGCGCCGACAGUGUAAUGCGCCUUGGGGGCAGUGGUAUACCAUACGACGGUGACCCCCUGACAAUGAGCGCAGCUGGCAAUGACUAUGCCGAAUUAUGCGAUCUUGGACCCUCACGCUGGAGUGCACGCGCCUAUGGUUACCAUGCAACAGCAGCAGCAAAUGCGGCCGGUAUCGGUAUCGGAGGCAUCGGAGUUCCGGGCGCCACACAGUCAUCAUCGAGCGUGCCCACGGGCGGCUCAGCCGGCCUCAGUGCACACCAUUUACGCAGCAGCGCGGCAGCGCCAAACAGUUACGAGGCCGAGGAUAUUGGUCUGGCCUUUGGCAUGAUCAGUCCGCCACCUGGCAGCGGACACGGACACGGACAGGGGCACGUCGGCCAUUACGGUGGCAGCGGCGUCGGGAGUGCCGGCGGCAUUGGUUCCCGUGUGGGGAAUAGCACCAGUUCGUUGCGUGGCAGCGGCGGUGCUGGAGGCGGCGGACGCUCUGGACUCUAUUAUUCGCCGCCGGGCACAUCGUACACAAUCAUUGAGCGACCACAUUCGCCGCAUUACUAUUACAAUUCGGCGGGUGUGCCAACGAAGGGUGGCUCGUUGCCGGGUCGCGGUUCGGCGUAUCUCAGCUCCUCACCAUCCAGUCACAUGGCCGCUGGCACGGCGGGCACACUGCCCACAUCGACGGCGGCCAGCGGACGUCAUGGCGCCUCGGCGAUGGGCAAUGGCAACAAGAAGCGGCCCAUCUCACCGGAGCAGGUGCUGCGCAUGUUUGGCGCCACACAGUCGUCAUCAGUUCCUACGAGUAGCUAUCACUACAGCAACGGCGGGACGCGGGAUCGCGAUCGAGAGCGUACAGGGCGACGCAGUCCAGCCAGCAGUCCGCCCUCGACGACGCAUCAGAUCUAUCGAGAUCGCGAACGUGAUCGGGAUCGAAGUGUGCCCAAUAUACACGAACUUACGACGCGCACUGUUUCCAUGUCGCGUGAUCAGCAAAUCGAUCAUGGUUUCGGCAUCUGCGUCAAAGGAGGCAAAGACUCAGGCUUAGGUGUUUACAUCUCACGCAUCGAGGAGAAUUCGGUGGCGGAACGCGCCGGCUUGCGACCCGGUGAUACAAUCCUAGAGGUGAACGGCACGCCAUUCACUUCAAUCAAUCACGAGGAGGCGCUUAAGAGAUGUGUGCAGAUAUUGAAAUCGUCACGUCAAAUCAGUAUGACGGUGCGAGCGCCGCCUACGCUGAACUCGACGGCGCCUCUCCACGGCUUCGGGCCGCCCUCCCGCGAUCCGAUGUACGCAUCGAUGGCACCUCUACUACCACAGACUGCGGCGGGUCAGGCAGCGGCAGCGGCGGCGGCGGCCAUCGGCGGAGCGGGUCUGCCCUUUCGCCAGACCUGCUCCUGGAUGGAUCGCCAUGGUCGUCCCGCCUCGCCGCCCAUGGAAUAUGGUGGCAGACGCAACGAGCGACGCGAUCGCAUACGCCGCGUGGAGCUGCUCAUUGAGCCUGGACAAUCGCUGGGGCUGAUGAUACGCGGCGGCGUUGAGUACGGCCUGGGCAUCUUUGUGACGGGCGUCGACAAGGAUAGCGUCGCUGAUCGUGCCGGAUUGAUGAUUGGCGACGAGAUACUCGAGGUCAAUGGCCAGUCGUUUCUCGAUGUGACGCACGACGAGGCCGUUGGUCAGCUGAAGUAUCACAAGCGCAUGUCGCUGGUGAUACGUGACGUGGGCAAAGUGCCGCAUUCCUGCACAUCCAUUGAAAUGGAGCCCUGGGAUGCGUACAGUCCAACGGGCACGAGAGCACGCCGAAAAGGUCAAAUUGCCACCAUGGUGGAGGAGAAGGCGCGCUCGUUGCUGCCACGUCAUCAUUUUGCAAGUCUUUCGUAUUAUAUUGCCGAAUAUAGUGCGAAAGCAAUGACCAUAGAUGCCUUUGUUGCCGUCUUAUUAGAGAUGUUAGAUACGUACGAAAAGCACACGCUAGUGACGGAAAUUCGAGAGCUCGUCUUUCCGGAGGAUCGUACACGGUACGAUGAGCUUGUGUAUCGCAGAGAACGCGAUCCAUAUAGCGUGGAUAGGCAUAGGCGUAAAGGAGACCCCACACGUGAUUUGCCGGUUACAGCUGACGAUAUGGAAGUAAGCGCUGCCACCGGACGCAGUCCCUCGUCGGACUCUGGGCUGGGCAUGACCGUAACGGAUAUUCACAAACGACCCGCUCUACAGUUGCCAUAUCGUCCCAUGUCGGCGGGACCAAUACUGCAUCGUUCACAGCCAGCAUCACAGCAUUAUCAUCAGCCAGCAACAUCACAUGCAGCAAGCAACCAACAACAACAACAACAAUCCACACCACAACAACAACAACAUUAUCCACCACCACCACCACAACUCCAACAUACCUCAUUGCGUCAUCUGGGUGGCCCCGGUGGCGUCGUUGGAAACACUAUGCGUCAUCAUUAUCAGCCGUUGGGACCAAAUCAAUACAAAUUCAAGCAAGCCAAAGACAAUCAGCAACAGGAAUACGGCUGUGAUGAGCAUAGAACUCGCCGGGGCAGCGAAACCCUAUUACCGGAAUAUGACCAAGAUGCGGAACAGGAGUUGGCCACAAAACUCUCAAGAAGUUUCGAUAUGAAGGAAGAAGGCGGCACUUUGCUGGGCGAUAAAGGUGUACGAAGGCAUCAGUCCAUGCAGCGUCUGUCAGCUGAGCAGAACGGUGGUUCAACGACUGAACAAACACAUGAACACAAUCCAAACGUCGUACCUGAUCAUAGAGGCAACUUACACAUUACAGUUAAGAAAACCAAACCAAUUUUAGGUAUUGCUAUCGAAGGUGGUGCUAAUACAAAACACCCGCUUCCUAGGAUAAUCAAUAUCCAUGAAAAUGGUGCGGCAUUUGAAGCGGGCGGCUUAGAAGUCGGGCAGUUAAUACUGGAGGUAGACGGCACUAAAGUGGAAGGUCUACAUCAUCAGGAGGUUGCUCGAUUGAUAGCCGAAUGCUUUGCAAAUCGUGAAAAGGCUGAAAUAACCUUCUUAGUUGUCGAAGCAAAAAAAUCAAAUUUGGAACCGAAGCCAACAGCGUUAAUAUUUUUAGAAGCCUAACAUUUGCUUGCCCUGCCGGCUAGUGACCCAUUGGAACGACAAAAACUCGAGUUCCUCUAUGAAUGGGGCAUCGAUUUAACGGAGACGCCAAAACCAAUGCCAACACCAAUACCGCUGACAAAAGCUAAAAAUCCACCGCCACUGCCUCAUGAGCUACAUUGCAACAGCAGCAACAACAACAACAAUUAUGGCAGUAAUACUGCGCUCAACAAUCAUCAUCAUCAUCAAUCGCAAUCGCAACAACAACAACACUAUCAUACUAACACGCCUACUAAUACACCAACAACUCAACAACACCAACAACAACAGCAGCAACCAACAGGAGCUACAACAAAACAACAACAACAAAGGCAACACUUGAACAACACCAACACACCAACAAAAGCGUCGCGGGAAACGACACCAAUACGUGAGCAGCAUCAACAGCAGCAGCAGCAGCAACAACAACAACAGCAGCAGCAACAUGCAACGCCCACACGCGAGCAACAAACACCAACACGCCAACAGCAACACCAACAGCAACGGGAGCAACAUCAACGCGAGCGGCAGCAACAACUGCGCGAACAACGCGAGCAACGCGAACGUGAACACCAACACGAACACCACCAACACCCACACGGACAACACUCACAUCAACACCACCGCGAUCACCACGAUCACCGCGAUCACCAUGAUCAUCGCGAUCUUCACGAUCACCGCGAUCAUCACGAUCAUCGCGAUCACCACGAUCAUCGUGAUCAUCAUCAGCAGCAAUCAUCAUCAUCCUCAUCAUCUCAUUAUCACCAUCAUCAUCAUCAGCAGCAGCAGCAGCAACAACAGCGCUACAACAGCAACAGCUACAAAACUCAUAAUAAUUCCGUUUACCAGUAAACAAAUUGAAAACAAAACAACACCAAAUAACAACAACAACAACAACAGCUUAAAUUGGAACAAUUUUGGAACAUUCUUUCAAACGGCUUUCAGCAUUAAACAGUUAAAUUGUGCUAACAAAUUUGCAAAACAAACAAAACAAACAAACAACUUCUACCUGCAACUGUCUCUUUGCUCUUACAACUCCCUCUUGGUUUCCCCCGCUGUGUCUCAAUGUUUCUCACUCACGCCUUUCUACACACAAAUAUCGCUUAAUACAGUAUGGGAAAAAACCCCAAAGAAAAUUGGAAAACUCGAUAAAUGCUGUAAACGAAUUUGCAAUUCAAUGUUGUUGUAUGAGCUCUCGUUAUAAAUUUUCCCGCCCCCCACCCUGCUCCUCUUUGAGAGAUCUACGAAUCUGUCAUAAACAAUCUUCACGCCAGUGUACUUUUGUUGUAGUCCGAAAGCUGCUCUACAAAAAAAAUAUAUACAAAAUAUAUUAUUUUUUUUAUUAUGUAUUAAAUUUUAAAAGCAUUGGAAUUAUAUUAUUCAAAAAAUACAAUUAUUUCAAUACACAGUUUAUUCUUUAUUUCUAUAUUAAAGAUUUCCUAUAUCAAAAUUUUCCACUAAUUUGUUUUUUUUUUCGAAAAUAUCAAAACACCAAAAUUACACUGCCAAAAAAAAACGUUUUAAAUUAUAUGAAAAAAAAAAAAUAAAUUUAAAAAAAAAAUAUAAAAAUCCCAGAGCAGCUUUCAUGUCACGCCCCAUUCUGUGAAAUCCGAUGAAACCUCUAUCCUACAGAGCUCGCCAAAUCUCUCUUGGCAGCGAAUACUUAGUAUAACCCGAAAGUAGACCCUUAAAAAACUGAACUUAGGACUUCUAAAACUCUCGUAACACACGCUAAUGUGUAAAACUCUAAAUACACUGUAACUGUGAAACAUAUUAUUGUAUUACGUAUUAAUAAUAUGAUUAUUAACAAGAAAAGUAGUCUAAAUGGUUAGUCGUUAAAAAUGAUUUAAAACACAAAAACCAAAAACAUAAAGUAUAAAAAAUCAAUGCAAAAACAUAUAAUUUCACGAAAAAACGAAAGAAAAUUAAGAUAAACCCACAAACCCCAAACCAACAACAAAUAAAAUAUGGCAUACAUUAAAUUAAAUAAGAUGAAGAGAAGAAACGAAACCAGAGCUUAACAAGUUAUAAAUAAAAAUCCUUAAACCGUAAGAAAAAAACAUAAAUUAUGCAAAAGAAAAAGCCACACACUGUAAAAAAGAAACAAGCAAAUAAUAAAUUACUGCUUUUGUUAUGUAAUACACACACACACACACACAUACAGACACACAUUACACACACAUACAUAUAACAACGCACUUGCAGCAAGAGAAGCAACAGCAGCAACAGACACUGACACGCAAAAUGCUUGACUAUUUAUGUAAUUAGCAGCGACAGCAACAACAUCAACAAACAAAUAUGAAGCCCACCUAAGCAAAUAAUUUGUAAAAAUAAUCGUAAUAUUCACACAAUUAACAUACAUACAUACACUCAAACACCCAUGCAUACUAACGUAAAACAUACGCAUACAAUUGCAAAACAUAUGUAAAAAUGUAAACCUAGAGAAUGAUAUGAAAAAAAAUACCAUAAAUAUACCGCGCAUUAAACUAUGGCAAAGUGUCGAUAAAGCAGGCGUAGUGCAAGCAGUGCGUCCUCAACACGUCGUCAGUCACUCACACAUACACACACUCUCUCUUACACACACACACACACACGAAUACAGUAUCAAUUUAUGAAAAGAAAAAUCUUAUCAGCAAAAACAAUCUAAGAAAAUGGCGCAAAAUUUAAUGAAGUUAAUCGAAAAAUGUUAUUAGUACAAUUUAAACUGCACACUGCACUCUUUUUGAAUGUUUGUUAAAUGUUUUAAGAAACAAGAACAACAGCUGCAAAAUUGUAUUCCUCUCACCAAAAAAAAAAUCCACAACAAAUGGUAAACGAAUUAUAAAAACAAAAUCUACAAAUCUACAAAAAAAAGCUACGCUACUCUACCAUUAAACAACUAGCAAAUUAAAAUACAACAUUUACAAGAAUAUGCAGUAGAGAAAACGAACGCUUAAAAUUUGAGGUUGAUUGGCAUUAAGUAAAAGCAUUAAAAGAAAAGUUAAAACGAUGUUAAAAGCCGACAGGGCGCGAUAACGAGCAAAACAAAAACAACAAAAUAUUAAGAACAAUGAAAAAUGGAAACACCUAAAAAAAAGCACGACUUAACAACAAUGUGUGCAAGAACUUAAUAUACAUUUAUUGUAAAAUAUUAGAAAACCAAAAUGAAAAAAAUUAUAACUUUUUAAUAUGAAAAUGGAAACUAAACAAAAUACAUUUUUCGCUCUCUUAUAGUUACUAACUCCCUCGCUGUAUCUCCCUCUAUCUCUCCGUCUUUCUCUCUGUCUAUCUUGUCUUUUCGCUCAGCCAACAAAAACAAAAAAUCAAAAAGAA